AUGGCAAAUGGACAAGAAGAGAACGCAGCACUGUGGGGCAAAACUAGUCAGUCAUCAAUUUACUUAGACUCUAUACCUGAAUUGGCUCUUGAUGGAUUGUUAAACUCCUGGACCCACACUAACUCUGAGACCGACCCGUGGUGGAGAGUGGAUCUGCUGAAGGUUUACAGAGUGAACAGAGUCACCAUCACUAACAGACCGACUAAUGGCUUGAGGAUUAACAGGGCGGUGAUUCGUAUCGGGAACUUCCUUGACAUUUACAACAACACUGUAUGUGCUACAAUUUCUACUCUUGCGGACGGUGCUACAGACACUUUCUCAUGCGGUGGGAUGAAGGGACGUUAUAUGAUUGUUCAUAUUCCUGGAGAUCAGAAGAUUCUUAGUCUUACUGAAGUUGGAGUCUACGGGUAUUUGGCAGGAAAUGUGGCAGUGGAUGGAGCCGCUACACAGUCAUCAACAUUUAUGAGCUGGUUUGCUGAAAAGGCCAUUGAUAGUAAUCGAGGUCUCCAGCAGUAUCCGUUAUGCUCAUCAACCCUUAAUGAGACUAACCCGUGGUGGAGGCUGGAUCUGCGUGAUGUGUACAAAAUUAGUAAAGUGGUCGUCACUAACAGAAACGACUGCUGUGCAGAACAAAUAAACGGAGCGGAGAUUCACAUCGGAAACUCUUUGGAGAACAACGGCAGUGACAAUCCCAUAUGUGCUGUUAUUCCUGCUAUUCCAGCAGGUGAGUCCUACAACUACUCAUGCGGUGGGAUGGAGGGACGUUAUGUGAAUCUGAUCAUUCCUGGAGACAUGAAGAUACUCACUCUGUGUGAGGUGGAGGUUUAUGGACAAGGUGUCCAGUUUUAA